AUGGCUGCUGCGUUUCUGACGCCAGCCUCGACCUCGAACGCAACACUGAUUCCUACAGGCGCCCGAGACGCAGAGUCUAGCGACGCUCACUACCUCUCCGUCGACUCGGGAGGACAUUCGACGCCCAUCCUCACCCCGUCGCAGUCGAGCAACGGCCAGCCCGACACCGAUUCGAACCCAGGCUUUGAUGACGACUGGCACCCAUCAUCUGCGACUAGCCAUCCUGGUGGAUACGCGGGACCCACGCGCCGCCCAUCCAGCCUCGACCUCGACCUCGACCGCGACCGCGACAUUGACCGGCGCGCCGGCGAGGUCAUUGACGGGGAGCCGACAAUCAAUCAAUCGAUACGCGAGGAGACAUUCGCAGAAAUGUCGACAUGGGCGGGGCAGCCCCAUAUCAGGGGGAGUUCUGAGGCGAUGCGCAUGGUUCUCCUGACCUUCAACGCCAUCGGCAUCACCUUCACAUGGGGAGUGGAGAUGACCUUCAUGUCCUGCGCCAGGAGCCUGAUCGUCGACACUCUACCCAUCGAGAAACAACAAGCCGGUGCGGCAUGGUCCAGCAGAAUGUCCGCCAUGGGCCAUAUGAUGGGAUAUGGAGCGGGUGCUAUUGACCUCGUAGGCAUGUUGGGGACGACGCUUGGAGACACGCAGUUUAAGCAACUGACCCUGAUCGCCACCUUCUUCAUACUCUUCUCCUCGGGCGUGUCCUGCUGGGCGGUUACCGAGAGGGUGCUCGUCUCCACCCGACCAGACUCUCGCAAGCCUGCCGGCCGUUUCAAGGUCUUCAGCCAGAUCUGGUCCACGCUGCUUAACCUGCCCCCACGUAUCCAGGCCAUCUGCUGGGCACAGUUCUGGGCGUGGAUCGGCUGGUUCCCCUUCCUCUUCUACAGCGCGACCUGGGUCGGCGAGACGUAUUUUCGCUACGAUGCGCCCGAGGAGGCAAAGCACUCCAAAGACAUGCUCGGCGAUGUCGGUCGCAUCGGCAGUACCGCCCUCGUCAUCUACUCCACCGUCACCCUCAUCGGCGCCUGGAUCCUGCCCAUGGUCACAAAGUCGCCAGACGACGAGAAGUAUACGGCACGCCCGCCCCAAGGGCUGGCUACCCUCGCAGAAAAGUUCAGCAAGCGCAAACCCGACCUCAUGACCGUCUGGAUGGCCGGCCAUCUCAUGUUUGCGAGCGCCAUGUUCAUGGCUCCCUUCGCCGCCAGUUUCCGAUUUGCCACUUUCCUCGUCGUCAUCUGCGGACUUCCUUGGACCAUUGCCAUGUGGGCGCCCGUCACCUUUCUCGGCGUCGAGGUCAACAAGCUCAGCGGCGCCACAGAUGCUGGCGGCCCAGCCUACCGCCGCCUGUCCAACGCCGAUGACAUUGAGCUGCCAGCCAUCAGCGCAGACCACGCUCUGCAUCUGGAGCAUGGGUCCGACACGCCUGGCGCUUCAUCGUCAACGGGCGAACUGUCGGGCAUCUAUUUCGGUAUCCUCAACAUCUACUCAACGUUGCCGCAAUUUAUUGGUACCUUCAUCAGCACCAUCGUCUUUACGAUCCUCGAGCCCGGCAAGAGCCCCGAGCUUGCCAAGGGGGCCGAUCCCGCUGAGCAUCAUGAUACUGACGGCCCCAACGCCAUUGCCGUAUGUCUCUUCAUCGGCGCCAUCUCUGCGGUCGGCGCCGCAUACGCCACUUCGAGGUUGAGAUAUCUGUGA